AUGGACCUGCUGCAAGCACCCCAUUCUGGCCCCCGAAAGAAGAGACCCAGGAAGGCAGGUGCCUUGAUGGUUUCAGGUGCUCAUGAGGUCCGGUUUGGAGAUUUGGUCCUCUUCAUUUUGGAGAAGAAAAUGGGAAGCACUCGCAGAGCCUUCCUCAUGGAUCUGGCCCGCAGCAAAGGCUUCAGGGUUGAGGACGAGCUCAGUGAUGCUGUUACCCACUUAGUGGCAGAAAACAACUCGGGUAAUGAUGUUCUGGAGUGGCUGCAGGUACAGAACAUCCAAGCCAGCUCCCGACUGGAACUCCUAGACGUCUCCUGGCUGAUAGAGUGCAUGGGAGCAGGGAAACCAGUGGAGAUGACCAGAAAGCACCAGCUGGUUGUAAGAAGAGGCAGUCCAGCUAGCCCCAACCCAGAUGCCCAGAAGACUCCAUCACGCUCUGUGCAGAGGAUCUCUGAGUACGCGUGUCAGAGGAGAACCACAUUAAACAACUGCAACUACGCAUUCACGGUAACAAGGCUUUGCUUCAGCACCUGGAGCAGAGGAAGGAAUGCCUUUGAGAUACUGGCUGAAAAUUGUGAGUUUAAAGAGAAUGAAGACUCUUAUGUGACAUAUAUUAGAGCAGCCUCCGUACUGAAAUCUCUGCCAUUCACCAUCAUCAGUAUGAAGGACACAGAGGGCAUUCCCUGCCUGGGAGACAGGGUGAAGUGUAUUAUAGAGGAAAUUAUUGAAGAUGGAGAAAGUUCUGAAGUUAAUGCUGUGUUAAAUGAUGAACGUUAUAAGUCCUUCAAACUCUUCACUUCUGUUUUUGGAGUAGGGUUGAAGACAUCUGAGAAGUGGUUUCGGAUGGGGUUCAGAUCUCUGAAUAAAAUAAAGUCAGACAAAAGCCUGAAAUUUACACGAAUGCAGAAAGCAGGAUUCCUGUACUACGAAGACCUUGUGAGCUGUGUGACCCGGGCAGAAGCAGAGGCAGUCAGCACGCUGGUUAAAGAGGCCGUCUGGGCAUUUCUUCCAGGGGCCUUCAUUUCCAUGACAGGAGGCUUCCGCAGGGGUAAGGAGAUUGGCCAUGAUGUAGAUUUUUUAAUUACCAGCCCAGAAAUAACAGAGGAUGAAGAACAACAAGUUUUACAUAAAGUGAUAAACUUAUGGGAAAAUAAGGGACUGCUUUUAUACAGCGACCUCGUGGAAUCAACAUUUGAAAAGCUCAAGUUGCCUAGCAGGAAGGUGGAUGCUUUAGAUCAUUUUCAAAAAUGCUUUCUGAUUUUAAAAUUGCAUCAUCAGAGAGAGGACAAUGAGAAGUCUUCCCAGCAGGAGGAAAAGACCUGGAAAGCCAUUCGUGUAGACUUAGUCAUGUGCCCCUAUGAGCGCCGCGCCUUCGCCCUGCUGGGGUGGACUGGCUCCCGGCAGUUUGAGAGAGACCUCCGGCGCUAUGCCACCCAUGAACGGAAAAUGAUGUUGGAUAACCAUGCUUUAUAUGACAAGACCAAGAGGAUAUUUCUCAAAGCAGAAAGUGAAGAAGAAAUUUUUGCACAUCUGGGAUUGGAUUACAUCGAACCAUGGGAAAGAAAUGCCUAAGAAAAAGUUGUUGAUGGAUUUCUGCUCUUUUCUGGUCAAACAAAUUAUGCUUCAUAUUAAUAAAAGAUGCCUUAGGAAAGUUUGGGAUUCUUUAGGUCUUGCUGAAAUGCAGAUUACUACUAAAAAUAAAUCGCUUUGGAGACAUGAUCAGGCACCACAUGGAAAUAAAUUAAUUCUAACAGGCAGGAUGCAUGAGGGCUGCUUAGAAUUCACAGUGAAUUUUCCAAUAGAAAAGUCUCAUUGCUGGUGGCUCAGCCAGAAAGUUAUCAAAGCCCAUUCUUCUCUCAUGGUAGCUGAUGUACAGUAUAUCUUCAAUAAAAAUAAAAGACAAGA